AUUUUAUUUUUCCUUCUGUGAAUUAAGCUAUAAAUAUCUUAAUUAUGGCAACAAUAAGUUAGGUGAUAGAAACAGUGAAGAGCUGCAGUUGUCAUGAGUGUUACAAGUGCUUAGUGUCAAAGCACGAGAUACUGCAGUAAACCGCAGAUGUGAUGCGUUUGUCAUUCCAGCAUUUUUGUGAUGUUCACCUCAUUUAGAGCAAUAUGAUGAUGCUCUACAGUGGUGUCUGAGUUCUUAAAAAGACCAUUCUGCGAUGUAGGAAACUGGUGGUCAAGACAGCCAUUUCACCUGAAUACAGCAUCUAGAUUAUACAGAUUAUGAUUUAAUUGAAACGAGUCAUUCAUACCCCUACAGUAUUGACAGACAACAUUCGUGAUUCGUAUGAGCCAAAAUAGAGUGCCAUCAGAGAUAUACUGUGGAUCCAUCGUAAUACUUGUAAAGCAUGUAUAGAUGCGCACACACAAGACAAAUUAUUAAAAUAUUAGCCUACAUUUUAUUACAGUUGUGGCCAAAAGUUUACAUUUGUAAAGAACAUGUAUGUCAUGGCAGUUUGAGUUUCCAAUAAUUGCUACAACUCCUAUUUUUCUGUGAUCACUGGAUCAUGAAAAAAAAACAUUCAUGAAAGCUGGGUCUCUUUUGACUUUAUUAUGGGUCUUCUGAAAAUGUGACUAAAUCUACUGGUCAAAAAUACAUACAGCAACCUCAACAACAACGUGAUGUAGAAAGUUGUAUCAAUCAAAUUUGCUUUGUGACAUGACCUCUUUUACUUCUCACAGUGAUUAUGAUUGACUACAGCUGGUGACAUCUCUGAGCCCAUUUAAAUAGACAUUAGGACUGUUCUUUACAACUAUAUGUAAACUUGUGGCCACAACUGUAUAUUUUUAUUUUUACAUAAAGAAAACAAUACAUAUGUCCAGAAUAAGUUAUUUUACAUAUUAAAAUGCGUCUCAGAAAAAGAAGCUUUCUCCCUUUGUUAACGUGUUUUUCUUAGCUUUAGUAAUCUACAGUGAUCAGCGAAACCGAAUUUACCGUAGAAGGAAGUACGCAACGGUGAAGCCUCUCGCUCUGCCUUUUAUACUCUUUGAAGUCAAACUUUCACGCUUGUCUGUGUAGUCCAUGGUGUAGUCUGCUGGCGCUGUUCUUUCGCAAGUGUCGCAUUUAUUUUCCCCCUCAUGGAUUGGACAUUAUGAAAUGUUCUUCAUCAAAUAAAAAUACGGAACUAUGGGGAAAUUACAGUCCAAACUUGCUUCGAAACGUAGACAGGGUCCCGAAGGUGGUAGUUUGGCUUCCAAUGUGCUGACCUGUCAAAGGGAGCUGGAGCGCAUCCACAAAACCAAACUGACAGAGAACUUGUACGUAGAAUUGAGGGCAAACAAGUCUGAGCGUAACUGCAACCUCAAAGUGGUUCUGCCACCAAAGAAGACACCUGAUAGAGAUAAAAGCAUCCACUUCCAGUUCAAUAAACAGACGAAGAAGAGGAGCAGCCAUGCUGGUGUCACAGAGUGUAACAUUGUGCCUGAUAAGGACACUCAGCAGGAGUGGGUAUUCAUGCUGUACAACUUUGACAACAGUGACGAGGUCACCAGAGAGGACAUGUCCAGUCUGAUACACUCUAUGCAUGAGGUUCUAGAGGCGUCGGUCAAGCCGCCUUACAGUGACACCACACCCCUGAAGAUAAAGCUAGUUGUAACUCCAUCAGCUGGCCCAGAGAAGAUCUCACAAAUAGCAGCAGGGAAGGAGCAGAGUGCUUUUCAGGAGGCAGCAAAAAGACACUAUUGUGUGGAUGAAAACAUAGAGCGCAGAAACCACUACCUGGAUCUAGCUGGCAUUGAAAACUAUACCUCCAAGUUUGACAAUACUGAAUCUCCCUCUCAGGAGCCCACUCAGGAUGCUCAUUCUGCUCUUAAGCAACACUCUGUGGUGAUCAGAGAGAACUGCAUCUCUCCUGACUCUCCCAGGGGCCUCUCUACCCCUUAUUCCCCGAGAAGCAAGGCUGUGUCAGUGGGGAAAGACAGGAACGGAGGAGAGGGGAAGUCCUGCAGAUUACAUGGCCAACACCCUGCUUCAUGGUGCCAACCUUCCCAGUCUCAGCCUGCAGCACAUAGCGUCCUGCAACAUAGUCCGAGCAAGAGGUUUCGCUCCAGGGUACAAGAUGCUGCCUCACACCUUAGACCCACGCCGGGGGGAGGUAGGGAAAUAUUUUUCAACCUUCAACCCUCCUGUGGUGCCUUGGCUUCUCCAGCCCAGAGACAUGAGCACCAUCACGAGCAUCAUCAUCAUCAUCAUCAUCACCACCAUCACUACCACCCUUCAUAAAUGCUUUUCAAACACACAUGAGACCGGUCAUCUGAGUAGUGUCACAAAGAGGUGUUUGUAGAAAAGUGACAAGUUUCCCAGUGCCAUUCAGAUGUUGUUCCUAUUUAUCUCUCUUACGAAAGUUGCAAACAGACACUGUGCCUGUCGAAGGACGUGAGACAGCUGUUUCUAUUAAUAACUUCUACCCACUUACCCUACCACGCAACCCCCAUGCCUCACCACAGCAAGCCUGGGUCUAGACAAAUGCACAACACCCAGGCAGACAUCAACAAAGCAGCAACCACAAAGGAGGCCGGACACUGACACGCAUAGCUGUUUGACUGCAGCUCUCAUCAACAACCAACAGACCUGUUGGUACGAGAAAAAAA